GCACUGCACUUAUCGUGCUAAAUAAAAAGUUAUUAUUUGCAGAUUAGUCGCUGAUAAGAUAUUAUAGCCGAAUUUGAUCAGGCUUCAAUAAAGGCCCUCCGAUUGGGUUAGGUAUUAUUCCGUUGUGUGUCACAUGUGCUUCGAUGAACCUUUUUGAAAUUCUGGUAAUUAAGCAGUGAAUUUUUGGUGCAUUAAACUGCAACAAGUGGAAUUUUCGAUUAUACAUUUUCAAAACGGAAUACCAGUAAUCGUUUGUCAAACUGGAUUACAUUGACUUGGAGGAUACAGAGGACUUCGCAAUGGAUUUCUGGGGAAUAUUCAUGUUUUUUCUGCUAACUUUCCUCAUUAUGAGUUGCUGCGGAUAUUGCUGUACCAGCAGACGCCAGGGUGCAGUUUUGUCCACGCCCGUGGUGGUGACCUCCGCCACGCACACGGCCCCCGGCGGAUAUCCGGUCACACAGCUGCCUCCGCCUGGCUAUCCGGCGGGCAAUGCCUACGGGGCUCCAUAUCCAGCCCAGACCACCGGCAAUGUGACCGUACAGAUGCCCAUGCCAAUGCCCCACCAACAGCAGCACCAGCAGCACCAGCAGAUGCCUAUGCCGAUGCAAAUGCCCGGCAUGCAGACGCACGGCGUGGCCUACCCGCCGUAUCCUGGCGCCGGGGCUUCCAACAUGAAUCCUCCGCCGUACGACAUGGCCAUGGCAAAUCCGGGACCCAGUGUCUUGCCCGCCGCCUAUGAGAAGCAGGCGCCCUAUAAUCCCAACUUUGGUCAGUGAUUUUCAGUCUUCUUUUCCGCGUCGACAUAGCUUUUAUACUUUGCUGGAUAUAUAUUAGUUUCUAUACCUUCCACAAUCAUGUAUUUCCAAAAUGAAUUCCAAAUUAGUCAACGAUUCAUUUCCCAACGGCCAGGGGGAAAACGAAAAUGAACGCGAAUGCACAACGAGCCAUUUUUAUAUUCCUUGUGAUGUAUGUGUAAAUGUACAUAUUACUUAAGUGCAACCUAACUUUAAUUUAUACAUUUAUACAUUAAGAAACUCCAAAAACAAAACCAAACUGAACAUUAUGAAGUGUUAAUUGUAAUAAAUAAGCGAAGUGCACAUCAAUCACAUGUGAAGCAUGUUUGUUUCGAUGCGCACUUCCACACAAAAACCUGAAA